GUCCUAUCGGAGAUACAUAGAUGAACUGGGAGGCCAAAAUGACAAAAUCACAGAUGUUGCUAUGUUUGGCUGGCAUCAAAACCCACCCUCUCCCAUCCUCUUAUCACUGGCAUCAGCUUCGGGACUGAAAAAUAAGCUCUCUCUUCGCAUGGCGACCGUGUCUGCGACAGAGUAGAAGACCUCCAGAGGAUGAGCUCCCUGGUCAGCACCUCGCACCUCCAGCUAGCCGCCUUUGCUCUGGGUACGGUAGGCUGGAUCCUGUGCACCGUUUCAAUGGGACUUGUGGAAUGGAGAGUGUGGCACGUGGACAACACCACCAUCAUCUCCUCUGGCAUCGCCUGGGUGGGGAUUUGGAAAGUCUGCUUCAUCAGUUACCUUCACGUCUCGCCUGGCUAUAAAGAAGAGUUCUGCCAUAAAUUCAGCGGCUAUGACUCCUCAAUCCCCCACGAAAUUUAUGCUGCUCAGGGUCUCCUGUUGAUCGCCAUGUUCAUGGGCUUGCUGGGACUCACUGCCACAAUAUUUGCUCUGAGAAAUGUUUAUAUGGGAAUCACUCACAAAACUCUCAUUACCCGUUUCUUCCUGGUCGGUGGCUUCUUCUACGUAUUUGCUGGUCUGUGCGUCCUGAUUCCCGUGAGCUGGAAUUUCUAUUCUGUAACUCACAACCAGAGCAUCGCUUUUCCUCCUUCUUACUAUAUGCCCUCCAGCCCAGCGGCACAGGAAGCUGGUGCUGCCAUUCCUAUCGGGAUUGUAGCUGUCAUCCUCCUGCUGCUAAGCGGGACUUUUUCUCUCUCGUACAGAUUUCCGGUGACCGCAAACACUACCACAAAAUCCUGACAGGAUAAAUCCCUUCCGUGCUGUUUCAGAACAAGAGCGCACUCAAGAGAUAAGGACGGCAGCACGAGUGA